AAGCAAUCGAAUCUCAACAAGACAUACCGAGAUCUGUCGAUAUUACUGUCUCUUAGUCUGUUCUCUUGUUCAGUUGCUUCACCAGUAGUGGCUUGAAGUCGACGAGUCUGACCCCUCCUCCCUUCCCGCAACUGUACUCGAUCGUUCUGGCUUAUCGACGAGACCUCGCUGGCUUCCCACAUCUACUUCCAAGAAACGAAAUAGACACACAAAAUGUUCCGAUCCAGAACCGCCCCUCUUGCCAAGCAAUUUGCCGGCGCUCAGCGUCAGGUGCUUUCGAAGCGAGGAUAUGCCUCUCCCGCUGCCGGCGGCGGUGGUAACAUGCCUCUUGUCCUCGGUUUGGCUGGUCUCGCCGGUCUCGGAGGUUACGUAUACCUGCAGAGGAACCCUUCAACCCAGGCCGCUAUCUCUGCCAACAAGAAUGAGGCUCUCGGACGAGCUGAAGACGCCGCCGACUCGCUGAAGGGCAAGGCCCAAGCCGGUGCUGCCGCCCUCUCCGCCAAUGCCAACGAGGCCAUCGGCCGUUCCAAGGACAAGGCUCAGGAGGUCAAGGACGACGUCAAGGGACCUUUCGACGAGGAGAGGAAAGCUAUGGGUAACCCUGGAGCCGCUCCCGUGGAGGCUCUGAUCAAGAACAGCUGGGUCGACUUUAAGCUCGAGAAGGUUGAGCCUUACAACCACAACACUAAAAUCUACACCUUCUCUUUCCCCGACUCCGAGUCUAUCGCCGGAGGAAAGGCUGCCUCGGCUCUCCUGACCAAGGCUUCGGACCCCCAGGCUUUGCUCGACGACAAGGGCAAGCCUGUCAUCAGGCCGUACACCCCCAUCUCGCAUUCCGAUGAGAAGGGCAACUUGCGAUUGUUGGUCAAGGAGUACCCCACCGGAAAGAUGUCCAAGCACAUUGCUAACCUCAAACCCGGCGAGACCUUGGCCUUCAAGGGACCUAUCCAGAAGUACGAGUACAAGCCCAACGAGUUUGCCCACGGUGUCACCAUCGGAGGAGGAAGCGGUAUCACCCCCAUGUACCAGAUGAUCUCCCACAGUUUGAGCUUGCCUGAGGACAAGACCAAGUGGACCUUGAUCUUCGCCAACGUGACCGAGAAGGAUAUCCUUCUGCGAGAAGAGUGGGACCGACUCGCCAAGCAGCACCCCGACAGGUUCAAGGCUGUGUACACCCUCGACAACCCUCCGUUCAUGCUCUGGAAGGGCGAGAAGGGUUUCGUGACCAAGGAGAUGAUCUCAAAAUACCUGCCCAGUGACCACAACGAAAAGGCUAACACCAAGUUCUUCGUCUGCGGACCUCCCGGUCAAUACGCUGCCGUCUGUGGACCCAAGGACGGUAUGAAGCAGGGAGAGAUCAAGGGAGCUCUCGGCGAGUUGGGAUACACCAACGACAACGUUUUCAAAUUCUAGACUAUAGAGCGUCUUUGAACCGUGCGGGGUAUGAAUGAGAGAAUGAACGCAACACACGACUUGUCGAAAUCAGGAGCAUGCGAUGAU